UGAAAGUGAAGAUAUUAGGAACAUUGUUGAACAUGUUACUCAUAUGCUAGACAUGAAAGAAUUGUUUGUUGCUAAUCAUUCAGUAGGAGUCGAAUCUCGUGUUGAAGAGGUGAUUGAACUAUUAAGAGACCGGCAACAAGAAAAUCCUGUACUAGGUAUAUGGGACAUGGCAACCACAAUGGUUUAGGAACCCACCAACUAAAUGGUGACUAAGGAUUUGAAGCUAGGGUGCCCAUGAUAGCACAACCAAACCUUUCCAAAAAUCCACUUGGUAAGAAUUUCAAAGGAUCCUUGUUCCUUUCAUAGCCUAAGCAAGCAGCAUUGGAUAAAUCACUGCCCAACUAAAUAAUAAUAAUAAUAAUAAUUUUCUCUUGCAUACAUCUAAAUGAAAAAUUGUCCACUUGUCUUGUUAGUUGUUACCUCUCGUUUUUCCCGCCUUUAGACGUUGGUUUGUUCAAUGGGACUCAACAUAGAAGGUGUAAGCUCUCUGGGUACUUCUCUAAGUUUUGAAACCUCCUACACCCUCACUCGCUUGAUCAUUCAAGUCGUUGCUAUGUCUUCCGAAAACCAGGAACCCCAAUCCACAUUCAAUCCUUACAGAACAACGAUGUGUGAUGUGUACAUUAGUGGCGAACCCCAAAACCCUCCUCAUCCUUUUAUUUCACAUCUCUAUGUUGCACUCAAAGGUUCUGGAGUAUAUGUUUUGGGGAAUCACACAGAGCCCAACAUUAAUGACCUUUUCUUAUCUGGCGCAAUUGAAGGGUGCAGAGUUUCUAUCAUAGUUUUCACAACAGAUUAUGCUAAAUCAACCGUGUGUUUGCAAGAGCUCGUGAAAAUAAUGGAGUGCCAUCGGAGAAGCAAAGUUCAGAAGGUUGUGCCUGUGUUCUAUUGCUUAUAUCCUUCAGAAGUAAGCAAUCAGAGCGGUUAUUUUGGAGAAGUUUUGUUAGAUACUCUGGAAAGAAACUCAACAGAUGAAAGCAAGGUGUUGAGUUAUAGGACCGCACUUCGAGAAGCUUCGGCCAUUUCACCCACGUUUCUGCCGGAUAUCUGGUAAUUGAAUUCUCCCAUAUUUUGAACAAUAUUUGUAUCACUAACUGUGGUGUAUGAACCUUCUAUGAUUUAUAUUUUGUAGGAAUGAAAGAAAAGUUAUAGAGAAUA